AUGUCCGCUAUGCUUGUUAAUGGUGAGUUAUAUGAAGAUCACUUCUGCUAUCGUAGACUUAGUGUUUAUAAGAGCCAAAUGGCUAUCUGUUUCAAAUGCUGGAAAUUGGUAAAGAUUACUGAAGUAGAGUCUAGAAAGGAAUAUUAUAGUGGUUGGGAAAGAUGGGCCUAUGAAGUUGAGUCCAAAGAUCUGAUGAAGAAUCAUUGGUAUAAUUUAUAUUCUAAAGUGAUUAUACAAAGUACUCCAAAUUUCGAGCCAGCUUAUAUUCCACCUUCCGGUAGUUUAACUAACUGA